AUUCCAAGGGUGAAAAUAGGCCAUCAAGGCCUUGAGGUCUCAAAGUUGGAAUUUGGAUGUAUGGGCCUGACUGGAGCCUACAAUUCUAAUCUCUGUGAUGAGGAUGGAAUCUCAAUAAUAAAGUAUGCUUUCAGUAAGGGAAUCACUUUCUAUGAUACAGCUGACGCUUAUGGGCCUCAUACUAAUGAGAUUCUGACUGGGAAGGCCUUGAAACAACUGCCAAGAGAGAAAAUCCAAAUAGCCACCAAAUUUGGCAUCGAAAAAGCAGUCAUUUCUCAUAUGAUAGUGAAUGGAAGUCCAGAUUAUGUUCGCUCAUGCUGUGAGGCGAGCUUGAAGCGCCUUGAUGUGGCCUAUAUUGAUCUGUAUUAUCAGCAUCGCGUAGACAUAAAUGUACUUAUUGAAGAAACUGUUAGUGUUUCAGCUAGAUAUAUUGGUCUAUCUGAAGCCAGCCCUGACACAAUAAGGAGGGCAUAUGCUAUACAUCCAAUCACAGCUCUACAAAUGGAGUGGUCUCGCUGGACACGUGAUAUUGAGGAAGAGAUAAUCCCACUUUGCAGGGAACUUGGAAUUGGAAUAGUUCCAUACAGUCCUCUUGGUCGUGGCUUUUUUCCUGGCAAAGGAGUUGUGGAAAGUUUGGCCACAGAUAGCAGCUUGGUGAAACUUAUAGGAGAAGCUCUCAAAGAGAUAUCUAAUGUUGUACCCAUCGAAGUGGUAGCCGGUAGUAGAAGCUAUACAAACUUGGAUCAUUUAGAAUGGAAGUUUGCCAACACUCCCCCAAAGAAAUGA